AAAAAUUAUUUCCAUUUCAUUUCUUCAACUUUCAACAGCAUCUAUUAUAGAUUAUUCUUAUUCAUCUCAACAAGAUUUAUAUGAUGCUAUUCUUAACUCGUUAUUUCCAAUCUUUUUCGUCCUUUUAUUUAAUGUCAGAGGAGAAUCUGGACGUAUAAAGAAAGUGGCAUUACCAUUAAUAGAUGAUAUAUUAUAUAAUCUUAUUACUUGGACGAUUCCACUAAUAGUUGCUUUUACUUAUGGAGAUACGUUACCAAUAAAAGUGUUUUCUAUUAUAAACAUGUGUUUGCAUGUAUUUUUUGCUGUAUACGCAAUAAUUAAGCAUGAAACAAUUAAAGGGUCUAAAGCAAAACCUUACACCGAAAUUAUUUUUUGGUUUUUAGUCUUCUUUCCUGUAAUAGUUAUUCCAGCAUUUUGGAUUAGUGUUAUUAUUAAUGAACGUCCUUUAGAUUCAAUUAAUUUGACAUUUCUUAUAUUAUUUGGAUUAUUAUUAGUUUCCGCAAUUUUAAUUUUAAUUUUAUUGAUUUGUUAUAUUUAUGAUUUAUUAGAUUUAUUUGCUCUUAUAUUUCUUUAUAUACCCAAUUUUUUAGAAAUUUUUUUUUCUAUAUCUUUUUAUACUCCAAAUAUUUUACAAACAUUUUUUAUUUUGUUAAAAUGGCCAAUUAAUUUUUAUUUUGUAAAAACAUGUGUUUUUAUACUUAUUCUAUCUUUGACAAGAAAUUCUUCUUACUUUACUGAUAGCGUUCCUGAUGAUUUUUUGGCUACAUCAACUGCAAUAACUCAGCUUAUGUUGCGGAAUGUACUAUCGACAGAGAAUUAUAUGAAAACUGAAGAAUCAUCAAGUUGA